UCUCUGUGGAACUGAAAUAGCGAAAGCAAGAACAAAAACAGGGAGAAGACUGACGAGCAUGCUUCACGCAGCUCAAAACGAAGAAACAGAACCAAUACUCAUUUACCCAUAUUCCACGAUAAAUCUGGCAUGCAAGAUUUCUUCCAAUCAACAAGAAAACUACCCCAUUUCUUGGAUUCUGUUCCCCAAAACACCUAAACAUAAGCUAACAACAGAAAUGACCUCUUGAUUUUAUUUUUUUUUGUAAAUUUUGUUGUAUGCUUCCAGAAAAUCAUUUUUAUUUGUUUAGCUCAAUCGAUUGAUCUGAAAAAGCAAAACCCAGAAAAUUUUUAUCGUUCUUUUGAGAAAUUGUUUUGGGACGAGAUGGAGCUCAGAAGAAGACCAGGUUUUAGACUCUGUCUAGGUCUUUUAUUUGUGUAUUUGAUGAUUCCUAAUUCUCUAGCGAGAUUUGUGGUGGAAAGCAACAACUUGAGGGUGACAUCGCCGGACACAAUUAAGGGGACAUAUGAUAGUGCAAUAGGGAAUUUUGGGAUACCGCAAUAUGGGGGUAGAAUGGCAGGGGUUGUGAUUUACCCUAAAGAAAACAGAAAGGGUUGUAAGGAGUUUGAUUAUUUUGGGAUUUCUUUCAAGUCUAAGCCUGGAGCUUUACCGAUUUUCGUCUUGCUCGAUCGUGGAGACUGCUUCUUUGCUUUGAAAGUUUGGAAUGCCCAGAAGGCUGGGGCUUCUGCAGCCCUUGUUGCAGAUGACAUUGAGGAGCCAUUGAUAACAAUGGAUUCACCUGAAGAGAAUGGCUCAUCUGCAAAAUAUAUUGAGAACAUAACAAUACCAUCUGCACUUGUUGAGAAAACCUUUGGUGAAACAUUAAAGAAAGCAAUAACCAGCGGUGAUAUGGUAAACGUGAAUCUUGAUUGGAGAGAAUCUGUUCCACACCCUGAUGAUCGUGUAGAGUAUGAGCUAUGGACCAACAGCAAUGAUGAAUGUGGGGUAAAAUGUGAUAUGUUGAUACAAUUCCUGAAGGAUUUUAGGGGUCCAGCCCAGAUACUUGAGAAAGGUGGUUACACCCAGUUCACACCUCAUUAUAUAACUUGGUACUGUCCCCAGGCAUUUACCUUGAGCAGACAGUGCAAGUCCCAGUGCAUAAAUCAUGGAAGAUAUUGUGCUCCUGAUCCUGAACAGGAUUUCAGCACAGGUUAUGAGGGGAAAGAUGUUGUUCUUGAAAAUCUAAGGCAACUCUGUGUUUUUAGAGUUGCAAAUGAGAGCAGAAGACCUUGGAUUUGGUGGGACUAUGUGACAGAUUUUCAAAUCAGAUGUCCUAUGAAGGAGAAGAAGUACAACAAGAAAUGUGCUGAUGGUGUCAUCAGAACCCUUGGGCUUGAUGUUAAAAAAGUUGAUAAGUGUAUGGGAGAUCCAAGUGCUGAUUCUGAUAAUCCUGUUUUGAGAGAAGAGCAAGAUGCCCAGGUUGGGAAAGGAUCAAGGGGUGAUGUAACCAUAUUGCCCACUCUUGUUGUCAACAAUCGACAAUAUAGAGGAAGGUUGGGGAAAGGUGCUGUUCUAAAAGCUAUAUGUGCUGGUUUUGAAGAAACCACUGAGCCUGCUAUUUGUUUGAGCGGUGAUGUUGAGACAAAUGAGUGCUUGAACAAUAAUGGGGGUUGUUGGCAAGAUAAAACAGCCAACAUUACAGCUUGCAAGGAUACAUUUCGUGGGAGAGUAUGUGAAUGCCCCUUGGUUGAUGGUGUUCAUUUCAGAGGAGAUGGUUACAGCCAUUGUGAAGUGAGUGGACCAGGGAGGUGCAAGAUAAAUAAUGGAGGCUGUUGGCAUGAAUCUCAAAAUGGACACACCUUCUCUGCUUGUUCGGAUAAUGAUGGUGGUAAAUGCCAGUGCCCUGCUGGGUUUAAAGGUGAUGGUGUGCAAAGUUGUGAAGAUAUUGAUGAAUGCAAAGAGAAGAAAGCCUGUCAGUGCAGUGAAUGCAGCUGCAAAAAUACUUGGGGUAGCUACGAUUGCACUUGCAGUGGAGAUCUUCUUUACAUUAGAGACCAUGAUGCCUGCAUAAGCAAGCUACACACUGAAGUACGGUCAGCAUGGGCUGCUUUCUGGGUCAUUUUGAUAGGCUUGGGAAUGGCUACUGCUGGAGGAUACCUCAUCUACAAAUAUAGACUGAGGUCUUACAUGGAUUCUGAAAUCAGAGCUAUCAUGGCUCAAUACAUGCCACUGGACAGUCACGCAGAAGUUCCAAGUCAUGUGAACAACGCACAUGCCUGAAAAUGACAAGCUCCAUUAAUGAUCUUUAAGGAUUCAUGUGGUUCAUACCUUACUCUUUUCCUUUUUGGAGUAAAAGUUGAGGCUGAAUUUUAUAUCUGUAACGUAUAUAGACAAUAAAAGAAAGGUGCAGAUUAGAUGUCCUGUCUACUGGAACAGUAACAUGCAUAACAGUUGAAGUAGAGAUUGGAUUUGAGGCAGAUUGAUAGGGAUGUGGCUGUAAUAUUUUUUAUUUUCAUUCUCAUCCCUAAAUUUAGCCACUUAAUUUAUAUGGUGAUUAUGUAAUUCAUUAACGGCUUCUGGACAGAAUGAUCCAAUUUUUUGUUUUUCUGUG